AUGUACGAGCUCCAGUUCGCCCUUCCGAUGACCGGAGCAAUCCUUAACAACAUCAACACUCGCCUUGACGCACGAACCAUCUAUGUUCUCCUCCGUCACUACGAAUCUAAGCUUCUCUUCGUCGACGUCUUCUUUUCCGAUCUCGCCGUCGAAGCGAUCGGAAAAUUGGAUAAACAGCCGAUUCUCGUCCUAAUCGCUGACGACGAAGAGGAAGGUGGUGAUGACGUGGCGGAUCGUUCGAAAUUCUGUUAUACGUACGGUGAUUUAGUUGAGAGAGGAGAUCCGGAUUUUAAUUGGAUCCGACCCGAAACCGAAUGGGACCCGAUUGUGGUUAACUACACAUCCGGUACGACGUCGUCUCCUAAAGGAGUGGUUCACUGUCAUAGGGGUAUUUUCGUAAUGUCGAUUGAUUCUUUAAUCGAUUGGACCGUACCGAAAAAUCCGGUUUACUUAUGGACACUACCGAUAUUCCACGCGAACGGUUGGUGUCUACCGUGGAGUCUCGCCGCCGUCGGAGGAACUAACGUCUGUUUACGUAAACUCCAAACGCCGUUAAUCUACCGUUUAAUCCGUGAUCACGGCGUUACUCACAUGUGCGGCGCACCGGUAGUUCUCAACAUGUUAACGGCGAACCGUCACGAACCUCUUAAAACUCCGGUUAAUUUUUAUAUGUCAAGGAAUCCGACCGGAACAGAGAAAGCUUUGAAGAACGGUUGGUUAUUAACCGGAGAUAUAGGAGUGGUUUACGGAGAUGGGUAUGUAGAGAUUAAGGAUAGAUCGAAAGAUGUGAUAAUUAGUGGAGGAGAGAAUGUGAGUAGUGUGGAGGUUGAGGCGGUUUUGUAUACGAAUCCGGUGGUGAAUGAAGCGGCGGUGGUGGCUAGAUAUGAUGAGUAUUGGGGAGAAAAGCCGUGUGCGUUUGUGAGUUUGAAAACCGGGUUGAACCGGAAAAUAACGGAGAAGGAGAUUAUAGAGUAUUGUAGAGAGAAGAUGCCACAUUACAUGGUUCCUAAAACGGUCUUGUUUCUUGACGAGUUGCCUAAAACUUCUACAGGGAAGAUUCCAAAGUUUCAGCUUAAGGAGAUUGUUAAGAAAUUGGGUUCCACGAGGUUGCGUCGAAUGUAA